GUACCUAGUUACUAGUUAUAGCUUACCGACAGUCUGUCUGUGCUGACAGCCGACAGGAAUUUCUUGUUAAUUAAUCCAAAUCGAAAUUCGCUAAGUUAUAGGGGAUAGAAAUUGUUCUUCUUGUUUUGGUUGCUACAAAAAAUUUAUACACCUUAAUAUUGAAACACAUUAGUAUGUUGUUUGAUUAUUAGUUAUUGAAGAAAAUUAGUAAAUUUUUUUGGGUGAAUAUUUUAUCGCAAUGAAAUUACUGAAAACAUUGAAAAGUGUGAAUGAAUUUUAACUAAAAUUUUUACUUUACAUUGAUUAAGAAAAUGUCUCACAGAACGUCUUGUUUUCAACUCAGCGAUUUAUUUCCUAGGGAGAUUGAUAUUGAAGUUUGUCUAAAAACAUUAAAAAUAUUUCAAAAAUUAGAAGGAGAUGUUAACUGUGUUGUUUGGGAUGCAUCCCUAGUUCUUGCCAAAUAUUUAGAAACCAUGUGUCAAUCAAAACCAGACUUCUUAAGUGGUGUUCGGGUGCUAGAAUUAGGUUCAGGACUUGGAGUUGUUGGUCUAACUGCAGCUACUUUAGGGGCGCAAGUAACCCUUACUGAUUUACCAGAAGCUCUUCCAUUACUUCGCAUAAACAUAACUGAAAACAAAUCAAAGAUUGCCAGCAUGGGUGGAUAUGCAAUAGCGGAGUCCUUAGUAUGGGGUGACAAAAAUUCUGAUAUUCAUAAGCAAGAAUUUGACAUGAUUGUUUUAGCUGACUGUGUUUACUAUGAAGAUGCAAUUGACCCACUUAUAGAAACUUUACAGUGUUUAAAUAACACAUUAAAAAAAAAACCAACAAUUUAUUUGACUCAAGAAUUAAGGGAUUCAGAAAUACAGAAAAAGUUAUGGAACAGUUUCUAUGAAAAACUAGAUGAGCAUUUCUACAUGGAAAAAAUACCUGAAGAACAACAACAUGUUAACUAUCGGAGUUCUGAUAUUUUAUUAUUGAAAAUAACAAAAAAAUGAUAUUUAUACAGCUAUGAUCUUGGGUAAUUUAAUGCAAAGAAGAUAAGCAAUUUCUAAGGUAAAAAAAUAAUAUGCUGGCUUAUCAUAGAUCUUGGUACUGAUAUGUUAUAAAAAGAGACAAUAUUUAUUAUCUACUACUUUAAGCAUACUGUGAAAAGAUUCCUUCUGGUAUUUGAAUCAUGUUUAGUUAUGGACCUAUAUUUAUGCUUUUUUGAAAAUUAUUUGAAAUAUUUGCUAUUUAAAAAUAAACAAUACUUAUCAAAUAAAUUUAUUCAAAAUAGUGUCUAGAGCACAAAUAGAUUCGUAGAAGGGAUUUAAUGUUCGUAACUAGAUAGAUCUAUGGAAUAAAAAGAUUUAGCCAUUAAUUUCCUCAAUAAUUUCUUUACUUUCAUGGUAUCUUGAAAUUAUUAUAAAUUGACCGGUUCAUCAAGAUAUCCUUUUCACAAUGUUCACUGUAAAGGAUCUCCCUUAUAAUGUGCAAAUUUUUUUAGGGUACAGAGAUUUGCGUACCUACCUACAUUUUUUAUUUUUAGACCUGUCAAUAAUUUAGUUUCGAGUUACCUAAAUGCACAAAA